AUGGAGAACAGUACAGAGGUGACUGAGUUCAUCCUAGUGGGUCUCACCAACACUCCAGGACUUCAAGUCCCUCUCUUUAUCUUGUUCACCCUCAUUUACCUCAUCAGUGUGUUUGGGAACCUGGGGAUGAUGACAUUGAUUCUGCUGAACUCUCGUCUCCACACUCCCAUGUACUUUUUCCUCAGUAAUCUCUCGUUGGUGGACCUUGGUUACUCCUCAGCUGUCACUCCUAAGGUCAUGGCUGGGUUCCUUGUAGGAGACAAUAUCAUCUCCUACAAUGCAUGUGCUGCUCAAAUGUUCUUUUUUGUAGCCUUUGCCACAGUGGAAAAUUACCUCUUGGCCUCAAUGGCCUAUGACCGUUACACAGCAGUGUGUAAGCCACUGCAUUACACCACCACCAUGACGACCAGUGUAUGCACACAUCUGACCAUAGGCUCCUAUGUCUGUGGUUUCCUGAAUGCCUGCUUUCAUGUUGGGGACAUAUUCAGUCUUUCUUUAUGCAGGUCCAAUAUGAUCCAGCACUUUUUCUGUGAUGUUCCUGCAGUCAUGGCUCUCUCUUGCUCUGAUAAACACAUUAGGGAGCUGGUUCUUGUUUUUGUGUCAACUUUCAAUGUCCUUUUUGCUCUUCUGGUUAUCUUGAUUUCAUACCUGUUCAUAUUUAUCACCACCUUGAAGAUACAUUCAGCUCAGGGACACCAAAAAGCUUUGUCCACCUGUGCUUCCCACCUCUCUGCUGUCUCCAUGUUUUAUGGGGCAGUCACUUUCAUGUACCUACAGCCCAGCUCCAGUCACUCCAUGGACAUGGAUAAAAUGGCAUCUGUGUUCUAUGCCAUAGUCAUCCCCAUGCUGAACCCUGUGGUCUAUAGCCUGAGGAACAAGGAGGUAAAGAGUGCAUUCAAGGUUAUUGAGAAGGCAAAAUUGUCUCUAGGACUGGGAUUUUAA